AAAAUUAAUUUAAAAUUGUUAUUUAACCAUUUUUUCUCAUCUCAAUUUCGUUUCUUCCUCCUAGGGUUUCUCUGUUUCCACCGUUUUCUCAUCAUCAUUUCCCAAUUUCAAUUCGAAUACACCGUUUGAUUACAUUUCCAUUAGCUUUGAUUCGUUUCUAGGGUAUAAUUUCACCUAUCUUUGCGAUUGAAUUUUGAAAUUAGGGUUCCGCGUUUUACUCCAAAGGCCAUCCAUUGUUGCUAAAAUUUCAGGCUUUUGGAGCUUCUGGGUCAAAGGUUCUUCCAUUUCUUGUCUUUUUCCACCCGAAUCCGAUCAGCAGAAAAUAAAAAUUAAAAGGUCAACGAAUUAUUGGUGGUGAGUUGUGGGCUGUGCCUGCAGCCAUUGUUAGAAACUGGAGUUGUCACAAUGCUGGGUGUCAAUCACAGUUGUUUCGAUUUCUCUAGCGGUUUUCUCCACCUAGCUGAAUGGCAUCCGUUAGAAUAGCCUAGUUAAAUUGGGCUUGAAGCCCUUCCUUUACUCUCGUAUAAGGGUCAUCAGAAAAGUUAGUUGUUAGGAGGAUAUUUGCUUUGGGCAUUUGUAAUGGCAGAUUAUAGGAGUUUUUCAUUUACUAAAAUGAUUGGCUGCUGGAGUUGCUUCGGGUUGAUGAAUAAACAACCAAGGCGCAGACGUACUAGACGAAGCAUAAAGAAUUAUCUCUCCCAGGGGCUAUUGACGGAUGGAGAAACGGAGUGUGAUGAGGUAUCACAUAGUGGUGAUUAUACUAGUAACAACACGAGUGGAGAUGAUAGUGAGGUGCAGAAUUUACCCAAUCGUUCUGAGGAUAUUUUGAACUUUAGAGCAGAGAAUGGCAUGAUUUGUAGGCCUUUUCCUGCUAAGGAGACUGACAAGCUUGUUCGAUCUGAGGAUGAAGACGGGAACAAGAUGUUAAAUGAAUAUAUUCGAGAGUAUAAGAUAGGUUCUGGUAGCUAUGCCAAAGUGGCUCUCUAUCAAAGUAGUAUUGAUGGACGACAUUAUGCAAUUAAGUCCUUUCAUAAGUCUCACUUACGAAAGCUUCGAGUUGCCCCAUCUGAGACUGCCAUGACGGAUGUACUACGUGAGGUACUUAUCAUGAAAAUGUUGGAACAUCCUAAUAUCGUUAAUCUCAUUGAGGUGAUUGAUGACCCAGAGUCAGAUGACUUCUACAUGGUACUUGAAUAUGUGGAAGGAAAAUGGGUUUGCGAGGGUUCAGGUCGUCAAUGUGCCCUAGGUGAAGAAACCACUAGGAAAUACAUGCGUGAUAUAGUCUCGGGAUUAACAUAUCUUCAUGGUCAUAAUAUAGUGCAUGGGGAUAUAAAACCUGAUAAUCUGUUGAUUACCCGCAAUGGGACUGUAAAGAUAGGGGAUUUCAGUGUCAGCCAGGCUUUUGAGGAUGGUAAUGAUGAACUUCGUCGAUCACCUGGCACUCCUGUUUUCACUGCACCAGAAUGUUGUUUAGGUCUUACUUAUCACGGCAAAGCUUCGGACACGUGGGCAGUAGGAGUAACUUUGUACUGUAUGAUAUUGGGCGAAUACCCAUUUCUCGGCGACACACUUCAAGAUACAUAUGACAGAAUAGUCAAUAAUCCCAUAGAAAUCCCGGACGACAUAAACCCGCAGUUAAAGAACUUAAUAGAAGGAUUGCUUUGCAAAGACCCAGAACAAAGGAUGACAUUGGCUGAAGUUGCUGAGCAUGAUUGGGUUAUUGGAAAUGAUGGGCCAAUCGGUAAGUACUCGUGUUGGUGCAAACGCAAGAGUCUGGUGAUCGAAGACUUUGAGGAGAGCAAUGUGGUUGCUUGAUCCACACUCACUAAGUUAUUUUAAGUUGGAUUUCUCAAUGUACACAGGCAAAACCCAUUAAUCUUAUUUCAUUUUUUAUAUCCCUUUGAGCUAUUUUGGUAUGUUAUGAUAAUUAUAGAGUUUGGAUAGAAUCAUUGGAAUUAAAGAAAAUAAGGUUCAUGUUUCUUUUUC